GGGCCGGCGGCCCCUUUGUGUUCUCCUGAGGCCGAGGCAGCUGAGCUGCUUCUUUCCCGGCCAGCCGGGGCUGGGUUCCAUCCAACUCUUAGGGCCUGGGGCGAGGCCCGAGUGGAGAGUCCCUAAGCCUUCGAGGCGGGCACAGGACCUUCCCGUAGUCAUCUGAGGACACUGCCAUUUCCCAAGAGAAGAACCAAGAGGAAGACAGAAUGGCUGUUGCACUUCUUAAAGCCAUGUACCAGGAAUUGGUGACCUUCAGAGAUGUGGCUGUAGACUUCUCCCAAGAGGAGUGGGAUUGCCUGGAUUCUUCUCAAAGGCACUUGUACAGUAAUGUGAUGUUGGAGAACUACAGGAUCUUGGUAUCACUGGGACUUUGCUUUUCCAAGCCAAGUGUGAUAUUAUUGUUGGAACAGGGAAAAGAGCCCUGGAUGGUGAAGAGAAAGCUGACAAAAGGCUUGUGCUCAGAUUUUGGAAUCACUGUCAUAAAUUCUGUUGGCUGGGGAUCUAUGUGUGAGACUGAAGAAUUAAUCCCUAAGCAGAGUCUUUACGAAGAACAAUCAUCUCAGAAGAUGAUAGAAAAACUUACAAGCUAUGGCCUUGAGUACUGCAGUUUGACAGAAGAGUGGAAAUGUGAGGGCCAUUUUGAGAGGCAAUUUCAUCAGAAGACACAUUUCAAGGAAGAGACAAUCACCUUUGAAGAAGAAAGAGAACAAGAAUAUAACGAACCUUGGGGAAGUUUCCAUCAGAACGUGCUGCUUCAUACACAACAAAUAAUCCCCAAAGAGGAGAAAGUAUAUAAACAUGACACACAUAAAAAAAGCUAUAAAAAAAGUGUAAUGACCAUUAAGCCCAAGAGUAUCUAUACAGACAAGAAAAUUUUGAAAUGUACUGACUGUGAAAAAGUCUUCAGCCAGAGUUCAUCCCUUACUCUUCAUCAAAGAAUCCAUACUGGAGAAAAACCCUAUAAAUGUGUAGAAUGCGGGAAAGCCUUCAGCCAGAGAUCAAAUCUUGUUCAACAUCAAAGAAUUCAUACUGGGGAGAAACCCUAUGAAUGUAAGGAAUGUAGGAAAGCCUUCAGUCAGAAUGCACAUCUAGUUCAACAUCUGAGAGUUCAUACUGGAGAAAAACCUUAUGAAUGUAAGGUAUGUAGGAAAGCCUUCAGCCAGUUUGCCUACCUUGCUCAACAUCAGAGAGUUCAUACUGGAGAGAAACCCUAUGAAUGUAUUGAAUGUGGGAAAGCAUUUAGCAAUAGAUCAUCCAUUGCUCAACACCAGAGAGUUCAUACUGGAGAGAAGCCUUACGAAUGUAAUGUCUGUGGGAAAGCAUUUAGCCUUCGUGCAUACCUCACUGUACAUCAGAGAAUACAUACUGGAGAGAGACCCUAUGAAUGUAAGGAAUGUGGGAAAUCCUUCAGCCAGAAUUCACACCUUGCUCAACACCAGAGAAUUCAUACUGGAGAAAAACCUUAUAAAUGUCAGGAAUGUAGGAAAGCAUUUAGCCAGAUUGCCUACCUUGCUCAACAUCAAAGAGUUCAUACUGGAGAGAAACCCUAUGAAUGCAUUAAAUGUGGGAAGGCUUUUAGCAAUGACUCAUCCCUUACUCAACAUCAGAGAGUUCAUACAGGAGAGAAACCUUAUGAAUGUAAUGUUUGUGGAAAAGCUUUCAGUUACUGUGGCUCCCUUGCCCAACAUCAGAGAAUACAUACUGGAGAGAGACCCUAUGAGUGUAAGGAAUGCAAGAAAACCUUUAGACAGCAUGCACACCUUGCUCAUCAUCAGAGAAUUCACAUUGGGGAGUCACUCUCACCACCCAACCCAAUCAAUCACCAAGUACUGUAGAUCCUAUCUCCUAGAUAUUCCUGGAAUUAAACUCUUCUCUAUUUUUAAUGUUGUCACCCUAGUUUAGGAUUCAUUUCACCUAGAUUACUGCUGUAGCUUUGUAACAGGCCUUUCUAUAUCCAUUUUUGCUAUCAUUAAAUUCAUUUCCUGUAGUAUACCCAAACUGAUCUUUUUAAAGUAUAAAAAUACACACAUCACUGUCUCUAGUUAUUUGCUUGCUAUUGUUCUUAGACUAACAUCCACAACCUUUAAAAUUGUCUGUGAAGCUCUCCAUUAUAUGAUUUUUACAUACCAUUCAGCCUUAUUUUAUUCCAGUCUUCUCUGGGUGCUAGGUAUUUCUGAGGACCAAGAGCUUAUAUUCUGGAAAAUCAUAACUCUACCACUACUAUGGCAUUGUGUGACUUUGAGCAACUUGAUUAACUUAUCUAAACUUCAGGGUUUUCUUAAGUUCUUGUUAAUAAAGGAUACUGUAUUAUAGAAAUGUAUUAAAUGAAAUAAGGUCUGUCAUGGAUUGAUGCAUAUUGAAUGACAAAUUUGCAUGUAAAGUACCUCACAUAGCACAUCAAACAUAGCAGAUAUUCCAUAAAUAGUGUUAGCUAACAUAUAUUUGAGUGCUGAGCACCAGGCACUGUUCCACAUGCUCAACAUAUAUUAACUCAUUUACUCCUCACAACUAAAGCAAGAUUCCUUAGUGGACAAAGUAGAGCAUCCCUGGAAAGGACCAGAUCAAAACUGGGAAGACCUAAAAAUUUUAGAACAUAAGUGGGAGUCUUUUUACUCUAGAUGAGUAAUUGAUAAUAGAACUAUAAUACUUAUAACGAGUUUUAGGAAGUUUCUAAAGAGAAUGAAGAGGAUAAACCAAUUAAAAUAAAGAAAAUAGGAUUAACUGGGAAGAAUGCAGAACUUACAUUUAGAUCAAGGAAAGAAUAGAAAUGAUCAUAAUUAACUCCAAAAAGAAAACCCCAAGAAACACAGAAGUGCAUAUGGUCCCAUAAAAUGGCACCAGGUCCAGGUAACUGUGUGGAUGAAUCCAAGUAAUUUUGAAAGCAGGCAAAUCAUUUCAUACUAUAGAGAAAAAUGUAAAGUUUCCAAUUUUUUUAUCCAGUUUUUUCAAAUUGAAAUCAAACGGGUAUUGAGCAAGGAAAACUAUGGACAAAUAUACACAUUAAUACAGGCUUUCAUUUCAUUCAGUGAAUAUUGAGUGCCAGACAAUGUUUUAGGCACAAGAAGAUAAAAGUGAGCAGUACUAAGACCAUGUUCUCAUGGAGUUAAACUUUCAGAGGCUGAGACAGUUAAGUUAGUAUACUUAAAUAUAAAACAUUAGAUUUUCUAAACAGAAAAUUGAAUAACAAAUCGAGGAGUAUUAUGUAGCCUAGGCUGAAGAGAUGAAAGAUGAUAAAGUUGGCAAUUCUUCCUACUUCACAAACUCACUGCAGUUCCAACCAGAAUUCCUCAAUGGAUCUUUUUGCCUUUUAAUUUCACAAGUUUAUUCUGAAAUUCAUCUAUGAAGUGUAAGUUCUUAAAAAUAGCAAGAAAAUUAUUGAAUCUAAUCCAUUUGUAGAAACUUUGCAUAUAAUAAUAAUGUUUCAUACCACUAGCAAAGGGAUGGAUUUGGACAUAUUAGAAUAAUAUACAUCAUUAGUAGUAAGGGAAAUGCAAAAUAAGACCACAAUGAACUAAUUCAAAAUCAUCACAUUGGCAAAAGCAUCACAGUGCCAAUUACUGGAAAGAUGUAGAACAAUAGGAACAUUAAUAUAGUGCUAUUGGAAGCAGCUGUAUUAGCAUAAUUUGGCAAUAUAUAGGAAAGUUGGAGAUAUGAAUACUCUGACCCAGCAAUUCCACACCUAAACCUCUAUAGGGUCUGUCCUCAUGUUUCAGGGAGAUGUACAAGAAGGUCCUCUGUGGCAUUGUAAGGAUAAAAAGUUGAAAGCAAUCUAAAUAAUCAUUAGGCUGAAUAUGUUAGAAUGCAAAUUAAAAUGGAUAACUAGAGAUCCUUCUGUCAACAUGCAUAAAUCUCAAAAAUAGAAUUAAUGAAAUUGAACUAAGUAUUUUGUAUGAUAUAGUACCAAUUAUUAAUACAAAGUUUGAAAACAUGCAAAUCAAUUAUAUAUGUUGUUUUCCAUGGCUAAAUACUAUAUAGAAAGAAUGUAAAAACAUUCGUGGAAAUAAUCAUCAAAUUCAGAACAGUGGUGAUCUCCAGGGAGUAAGAAAAAUUAGAUUGGGGGAAGGAUACAAAUGGAAAUAUUUAUUUCCUUUAAAAAGCAAAUACAGCCAAUGCUUAUAAUUUGGUAAAUCUGGUUGUGGGUAUAUGGGUCAGUUCUCUGUAUCUUUUUCUACAUUUAAACUAUUUCAUAAUAAGAAAAUAAAGAACAUUUAAAUGA